AUGGAGCGCACAAACGUGCACGCCGCGCCGGCACGCUUACCGAACCACGAUGGCGUACUAGUAUCGUUUAUGCUGAUAAUUGACGGAAUUGUCGGAACUUCGUUUGCGCUACUGCGCUUGGCGCGAUGGUUUCUUACAUUUGCCUCCCUCACCGUCCCCAGUGCCGUGUACAAAGUGUUGCAUUAUACCCUUACUCUGCGCUUGAGUUUCGCAUUUCUCAUUGUCGUCCUCAUCAGCGUCUCUGCCAUUUUGCUUGCAUGGCUGCGGUACCGCCACUGGAACCGGUACGAGAAAUUCCGCGACGAGCCGAUCCGCAAAAAUGAAAAUGCGUACCAUUUGCACCCGGAUGUCGCACACAAUGCGGUCGGAGAAGACCGCGGCAAUUUUCACUGGUACCUGGAUGAGUUUUUACAGGCCAUCCGAAUUUUUGGCUUUCUCGAGCGCCCCGUAUUCCACGAGCUUGCGCGGCAUUUGCAAACGCGACGUCUUGUCGCGGGCGACGUACUAAGUCUAGACUCGGACUACUCUUUCUACAUUGUUGUCGACGGGAAUGUGCAGGUAUUCGCGCCGUCUGGAAAGCCGUCUGCGUGCCCCCCAGGGUCCGAGCCCCAGGAUGCAUACCAACUUGUCAACGAAGUCGAACGAGGCGGAACACUGAGCAGUCUCUUUACCAUCCUGCGUCUUUUUACCGAAAAUGUUCAGCUCCGAUUUACGCAGGACACACCGGACAUCACACAUGACGCCCACUCGCAGUCAGCGCCGCCGCAUCUCUCGCCCUCCUCGGUGCUGAACAAUGCGGCGUCGCACCAUGCGCAAGACGCAAGGCCAGACACAUUCGAGCACUCGACCUUGGACCUCUCCGAGUCCAUGGCGGCUGUAUCGCCGCUCCUAGGGCCCAUGAGUCCGUCCUUGUCGUCGUUUGGUGCCCCUUCAUGCUCCGCUACCGCGUCGCAGCAGCCCCCACUUGCCGAUAUGGCGCCGGGCUCGAUGGCGCGUGCGACGGUAGACACCACUGUUGCUGUGAUUCCUGCCGAGGCAUUCCGACGCCUCACGGCCAAGUUCCCCAGCGCCGCCUCGCACAUUGUCCAGGUCAUCCUCACUCGCCUUUCGCGCGUAACAUUUCACACCGCGCACCGGUACCUCGGCCUCACGCGCGAAGUGAUGCAGACGGAAAAAGCGAUCAAUGAGUACGCAAAAGUCUUUUUGCCGUCCAUAUUCUAUGAGCAGGGCGCGAUCGAGCAGCUGCGCCGCCGGUUCCGUUCCAAUCCCUCGUCGGGUUGGGCCAAUACGCCCGUCUCGCCGCUGGACCGCGACGCACCGUGGCUCAAUUCGCCGCCUGCAACCAUGCCACGCUCGCGUGUUGUCUCGCACGCUGCAAGUGCCACACUCCAUGCCCAAGAAAACGGCGACGAUGCGCUGCCCCAACUGCACACGGCCGUAGGACCGGGCGACUUGCACAGCAUGAUUUCCACGCUCGAAGAGCCCGCUUUUUUUGAGCACUCGUCGCGCCAUCCAUCGAUUGCUCUGCGCUCAGAUAUGCGCGAGGCGUCGAGCCGCGCGCGCCCUGACGACAUUACGGCGUGGGCAAACAACGUCCCGCUCGAUCUUCGCGAAGAAGUGAUGAACUGCAUUGCAAGCAGCAUUGGGCUCACGCAAGCGGUGAUCCAAGAAGCUCCGAGCACGAAUGCAAGCCCCUACUUGAGCGGCCAAGACGCUCUGCACCGCAAUGUGUACACCGGCCUUUCUGGCCUCGGCAUGUCGACAGCCAGCGAGGAUAGCACGAGCGCAACGAGCCGCGCCGAUUUUUCCAGCGCGAACAUCGACGGUGCACAGAAUGGCGUGGAGAUCCGCUUUUUUCAUGCGGGUGAGUACCUCGUCCAUGCAGACGAGCAGAAUGCAGGCCUCUUUUACGUGAUCGACGGCUUCCUCGACCUAUCGCUGCAGCAAACCAAUGUAGACGAUGUGCCGGAGAAGCAAAAGUCGAAACACGAAAAGACGUCUCGCGAGGCGGACUUGGAAGAGAUGCACGACUCCAGAUUUUACGUGCCGCCUCCUUCGCAGGUCGGCAAUGCACUGGACGGAACGGCAGAAGAAACAAAGAAGAAGCGCGCGCAUUCAGACAUGACUGGACAAGCACGCGAGCAGCGCUCGGCGCAGUUUCUAUUUAGCAUUGGCCGCGGCGGUAUCGCCGGGUAUCUAUCGAGUUUGCUUGGCGUGCCGAGCUACGCAGACAUUGUUGCCAAGACCGACGUAUACGUCGGCUAUCUUCCCGUCAAGGCACUUGAGUGCCUCGUCGAGAAGCGUACAAAUGCGCUGCUGACCCUCUCCAAGCGCCUCUUGUCUCUUUUGCCUCCGCUCAUUCUGCACAUUGAUGCGGCGCUUGACUGGCAGCAAGUCGAUGCUGGGCAAGUCAUUUACCGCGAAGGCGACGUGAGCGACAGCAUCUAUAUUGUGAUCAACGGCCGCCUGCGCGCCAUCACAGACCACGGAAAAGAUGGCGAGCUGGAAAUUUUGGGUGAGUACGGCCAGGGCGACAGUGUCGGCGAGCUUGAUAUGAUCACCAACAGCCGCCGCGCCAAGACCGUGCACUCGAUCCGCGAUUCGGAGCUGGCAAGGAUGCCCAUCACGCUCUUCAACGCUAUUUCGGUGUGGCAUCCGCCCAUCACGAUCCAAGUGUCGCGCCUGAUUGCGCGGCGCAUGCGCCGCGAGCUAGGCCCCAAAAAAGGCAGACUGAACGACUUACCGACGCACGUUGCUGGCGUUUCAAGCCUGGGGCGCAGCACCCUGAAUUUAAAAACGGUUGCGCUCCUCCCCUCCUCGUUCCAAGUCCCGAUCGUCGAGUUUGCGCGCCGAUUACAAGCGACGUUUAAAGAGAUGCGCGGCUCGACCAUCUUCCUCAAUCGGCAUACGAUCAUGCGUGCGCUUGGAAGGCAUGCAUUCUCGCGCAUGGGCAAGCUCAAGCUCGCUGGAUGGCUCGCGCACCAGGAGCAGAUGCACAGGCUCGUGGUCUACGUUAUCGAUACAUCCGUCGGCUCUUCCUGGGCACAAACCAGCAUACGCCAAGCAGACUGUAUUCUCCUCGUGGGCUUUGGCGACGAUCCGAGGGUGGGCGAAUUCGAGCGGCUUUUGUUGAGCGUCAAGACCACCGCUCGCAAAGAGCUCGUCUUGCUCCACGCAGAGCGCAGCGUCCUGCAUGGCUCGACGCGCGAAUGGCUGCGUACGCGCCCAUGGAUUAGUGCACACCACCACGUAGAGAUGGCGGGCUUGGACGUGCCGCAAACGGCCGCGCCUACCCUCCCCCCCGACGAUCCACGCCCUGUCAGGGCACUGCGCAGCCUCAAGGAACGGCUCGAGACGCGUAUUGGGCGCGGCAAAACGCGCUCGCGCGUCGCGACCAUCAGGCCCGUGCACUUCAACGAUUUUGCACGCCUCGCGCGCCGGCUUUGCGGUACGAGUAUUGGGCUCGUGCUUGGCGGCGGCGGCGCGCGUGGCUGUGCGCAUGUCGGUGUGCUGCGUGCGAUGGAAGAGUAUGGUAUUCCAAUCGAUAUGGUCGGUGGCACGAGCAUUGGGUCGCUUGUUGGCGGUUUGUACGCGCGCGAUGGCGACGCAGUAUCGAGCCACGGGCGCACCAAGCGGUUUGCCGGCAGGAUGGCGAGUCUCUGGCGUUUUGUAACGGAUUUGACCUACCCUCUUGUCUCCUAUACCACCGGCCACGAAUUCAACCGCGGUAUUUUCAAGUGCUUUGCCGAUACGCACAUCGAGGACAUGUGGCUUCCCUUUUUCUGCAAUACGACCAACAUCACAUGGAGUCGGAUGGAAGUGCAUACAAGUGGGUAUGCGUGGCGGUAUAUCCGUGGGAGCAUGACACUUGCAGGGAUUGUUCCGCCGCUAAUCGACGAUGGGCAUAUGUUGGUCGAUGGCGGGUACACCGAUAAUUUGCCAGUGGGCGUAAUGAUGGCGCUCGGCGCUCGGACUGUAUUUGCGGUCGAUGUGAGCAGUAUCGACGACACGAGUCCGCAACAUUACGGCGAUACCUUGUCGGGCUGGUGGGUCCUUCUUAGCCGGUUCAAUCCAUGGAGCAAGAUGUGGAAAGUUCCGGGCAUCCCGGAUAUUCAAUCGCGACUUACGUAUACAACGUCUGUGCGCAUGCUCGAGGAUGCAAAGAGUAUGGACAACUGCCUGUACUUGCGCAUGCCCGUCGAGCAAUAUGGUACACUCGAGUUUAGCAAGUACGAGGAGCUUCUUCAGGCGGGGUAUGUAUCGACGCAUGCAGCGCUGCGCAAGUGGGACGAAGAGCAUCGUUUGCCGUCGGAUGCGGACAAUGUCGAUGCAAAAACGACGGAUGACAAGGAUUCGGGAGGCGUCCGUGCGCGACGAAAUAGUUUCUAG